AUUUCUCCUUCUUUAUUUCUUUCUAUUUCCUCUCUUUUUAAUUUAUUCAUCAAUGGCAUCUACUAAAGGUAAGAUUCCCACCAUAGAUUUUUGCAAUCUUGAGCUAAAACCAAACACUCCACAAUGGGAAUCAACAAAAGUUCAAGUUUUUGAAGCCUUAAAAGAAUUUGGUUGUUUUGAAGCAAUAUAUGACAAAGUUCCAAAUGAAAUUAGAGAGGGCAUGUUUGAUAAUUUAAAAGAAGUAUUUGAUUUUCCAUUGUCCAAAUUGAUAGAAUAUAGAGAAAAACCCUUUCAUAUAUAUGAUGGGAAAAUUCCAAGUAUACCACUCUAUGGUAGUGUGAGCUCUGCUGAUUUGGUCCUCCCAAAUAGUAUUGAAACAUUUGCCAAUACCUUUUGGUCUGAUGGAAACCCUAACUUUAGGCAUGGACAAAUAAUAGUUUGACAUCUGCUGAACACAGAGUAGUACCAACAGGAGACAAAGAUAGAUUAUCUAUUCAAUUAUUUUCCAUACCACAUCCAGAUUAUACUGUGAAGGACCCCAAAAGAAUUAGUGGAUGAAGACCACCCUUUACUCUUCAAGCCUUUUAACUUGCUUGAAUUUCAUAAAUAAACUAUGUCAGGUGAUAAAAAUGGAAUUAAUCUCAAGAAUUAUUGUGGUCUUUAAAAUUUUUGUAGGGUAUGAAAAUUUAUAUAUGUGUAUUUUCUUUAUGAAUAAAAUGUAUCGUAUGUAUGGGUGGUUGAAAAUUUAUAUUUGAAUGGUUAUUGCAUAUGAUUACAUAACGUA